ACACUAAGAGUCCUGCUUUUUUUUUUUUUUUUAAACUAGUUGAUAGGACAUUUUAAGAAUCUUCCCGCCUGUUUUUCCAGCUGCUUUGCAUAAAGGAGAGGAAGUAGGCAGCAUUCUUUCCCAAAGAAGUAAUCCGAAGCAACCAAUCCAAACGUUGGAGCGAGAGAAUUUGACUGGCCCAAAAGCUUUUUUCGGGCCUGUUUACUAUAAAGCAAAAACUUCUGCGCGUAGACCUGGAGUGGUUACAAAAGGUUCCCUUAAGUGUCGUGAAAAGAAACAAGCCCAGGACUUCAUUGUUCUUCCGGAUCUGCUUUCUCAAAGGCCAGGCUCCGAAUCAGUUCCAAAGGCAUCCUCCUCCCGUGGCUCUCCCUCCUUCUCUUGCGAGGCCCAGUUGGACUUAUUAAGUUGGGUUUUGCGGGUGCGCCUCUCUUUCGGAAUUCAGCGUAGGGCGAGCGAGGCACCGCGGCGGACCCUUUAAGAGCCAGGCCAGGGCUCGCUCGCUGGGUGGGAGCAGACAGGAAGCAACACCCACCGACCCACCCACACCCCACGCACCGACCAUAGGAGGGAUGCUGCAGCGCUGAGCCGCGGGCGGGAGGCGGGAGGAACUAGAGAGCGAGACAGCCGGGGACGCGGGCGCGCGAGAAGGGGCGGGAGUUGAAGUUGCUGUGUUGAAGGGGCGGCGGAGAGGCCCGGAAGAGAGAGAGAGAGAGAGAGAGCGGGGUGGGAAGAAGAAAGAGUCGCCAGGCCGGGCAUGGGGCGCGGCGGGUGCUGCGGUUUGCUGUAGCCCUAGGCUCGGUCUGCGAGAGUUUCCUUCUUCCUCCCGCCCCCGAGGAGAGCAGUCGGAGGAGGGGGGGGGGGUGUCAAUUCAGCGACCUGCUUUUCUAUGUUUCCUUGCCGGGGUCGCGUGGGGCUACAGCUUCCCAACCUCUCGCAUCUCUGGGUUCCCGUUUAAGGGGUGCGCGGGCAAAAGCGGGAGUCAGAGUAGUUACUCAAUUCCCCCCCCCCGCUCAGUUACAGAAUUGGCUUCGGGCGGCACUUUCUGCAGAUUAAACCCUUACCUUCCUCUCUCCUCCUUGAGAAACUUGUUUGUGACCUUUGUUGCCGUUUCGCUUCCCUCCAAGACGAGGGCUGAGUGGUUUCAAGCUUGUCUUUGCCUGCCAGGCCUCUGUCCUGCCCUUUCUGAGGAAUUCUGGCUCCUUGUCCCCCCUUUCUCUUCCUGCCUUCCUUCCUUCCUUCUUUCCUCCCGCAGUGUCAAACAUAAACACCUGCUGCUGCCGAGAGUAGUUUCCCUUUUUCUUCUGGAGUUUACAGUUUGCUGAGUUUUACAUUUCAAAACAAGGUCCCAAUUACUGCGAGACUGUUUGGUACUCCCCCCCCCUUUCUGAAUGUGCCAUUUUUAAAAAAAAUCUUCACUUGCCUUUCUUUUUAUUUGGAUGAGAUGAAAGUGACAGUUUGUUUUGGCAAGACGGGGAUUGUAGUUCCCUGUAAAGAUGGACAAAUCCGGGUUAGAGAUUUAACCCACCAGGCUCUACAGAGGUACCUAAGAACCAAAGAAAAGAAUCCUUCACAUUGGGUGAAUGUUCACCAUCUGGAAUACACAGAUGGCGGAAUCCUGGAUCCAGAUGACAUCUUGGCAGAUGUUGUGGAAGACAAAGAUAAGUUGAUUGCUGUGUAUGACGAACAAGAUGCAUUCCCCAAAUCUGAUGACACCAAUGGUAGUUUAACAGAAGGCAACAGCCCAGAUGCCUUUGAGACUGAUGUAGCUGCCCAACUAGCGGCAUUUCAACCUAUUGGUGGAGAGAUUGAAGUGACAUCCUCUGCUCUGAAAUUAGGUACUCCACUUUUGGUUAGAAGGAGUAGUGAUCCAACUGUGGGACAGCCAGCUGACUUUGUGCCAGGAGCUUCACAUGCUAAUCACCAUAUUUUGAAGCCCUCUGUGUCAGUAGGUAUCUUGAGCUUUCAGAUUCUGACAUUGUUCUUAGCAGUAUUAGCAUUCUUAGAAAUCCAGUUGUUAAGCAGUUUAUAUUCUAUUAAGCUGUGUUAUAACUCCUCAAAGAGUGACUUUUGGGAAAAAAAAUUCACAAACAUCUGA